AUGGUAAAUGAUCCACACCCUCCACUUCAUGAUUAUUUUCAUUCUGGAGACUUCAUCAUUGGUGGUAUCACUUCUCAGACCUUCAUUCUCUCCAGUUCAAUUGACUUCACUGGAAAACCCCCAUCUCCAUUGCAAGAUGAACUACUCAUACUGCCCCAAAAUUACCAGCACAUCCUGGCUUUGGCAUUUGCAGUAAAGGAAAUAAAUGAAAACCCUCAGAUCUUACCAAAUGCCACUUUGGGUUUCCGCAUCUAUGACAGCUAUUUCAAUGCAAAAUGGACCUACCAUGCAACACUGCGACUUACAUCCUCAUUGGAGAGAUUUGUCCCCAACUACUUGUGUGAUACCCAGAAUAACCUGAUUGCAGUCAUUGGGGCACUUGACCCUUUAACCUCCCUUCAUAUGGCAACCAUCUUGGAUAUUUAUAAAAUUUCACAGCUCACCCAUGGUCCUGCUCCAGUGAUGAAUGAUAAAACCCCAGGACUUCCCUUCUAUCAGAUGUUCCCAAAUGAACAACUUGCAUAUCAGGGGAUUCUCUCUUUGCUUCUUCAUUUCAGCUGGAUGUGGAUUGGGGCCGUGGUAAUCGACAAUGCCAAUGGAGAAAGAUUUGUGCAAGCUGCAUUACCAUUGUUUUCCAAGAGUGCUAUUUGCUUUGAGUUCAUAGAAAGAAUCCCACAAAUAACAUUAAUCUCAAAAAUUUUGGACAUCAUGCAGCAAGGGACACAAAUACUUGAUAAAGUCAUGGAGAGUAAAACCAAUGUGCUAGUGGCCUAUGGCGAAUCUUAUUCUGUGGCAAUUUUUAAAUAUGUGGCAUACUUAUCCCAAGCAGAGCCUGCACCAAAAGGUAAAGUGUGGAUAGGAACAGCCCAGAUGCAGCCUACUUCAUUUGUCUUUCAAAGGACAUGGGAUAUAGAAAUAUUUCAUGGUACAAUAUCUUUCUCAGUUCAUUCCAAUAAUCUACCAGGAUUUCGCCAGUUUGUUGAAAGAAGAAACCCUAUCAAGGCAACAGGGGAUGGUUUUAUCCAGGAGUUCUGGGAAAAGGUUUUCAGUUGUGUGUUACCAGAUCUAGUACUGAAUGAGGUGGUGGGGAAUGUUUGUACAGGAGAGGAACACCUAGAGAGCCUUUCUGACUGUUUUUUUGAAAUGAACAUGACUGGCCACAGCUACAACAUCUACAACGCUGUGUAUAUGGUAACCCAUAGUAUAUUUGCCAUGUUCUCAUCUAGGCUUCAGCAAAGAGCAAUGAAGGACAGAGGAGGAUUCAAGCUUCAGAAUAAACACUUCUGGAAGCUCCAUCAUUUUCUGAGAGAUGUCUCAUUUAACAAUAGUGCAGGGCAUACAGUUUCCUUUGACAAGAAUGGAGAAAUUGUAGCCGCCUUUGAUGUUCUCAACUGGAUUAUUUCCGCAAAUCACUCCUUUUAUAGUGUGAAAGUUGGGAGGAUGGAUCCCCAGGCUCCUCCAGACCACACAUUCGUCAUCAAUGAGAGUGCCAUAAAAUGGCACAGAUGGUUUAAUCAGGUGCAGCCAAUUUCUGUAUGUAGUGAGAGUUGCCAUCCUGGUUCAAGGAAGAAAGUGAAGGAAGGAGAACAAUUUUGCUGCUAUGAUUGCAUCUCGUGUCCAGAAGGGGAAAUUUCAAACCAAAAGGAUAUGAAUGACUGUGAUAAAUGCACAGAUGAAAAUUAUCCAAAUAGAAACCACGAUUUAUGUAUUCCAAAGGACAUAAGCUUCUUGUCUUAUGAAGAACCCUUGGGGCUCACUUUGUCCAGUUUUGCUCUUAUCCUUUCUUUUAUCACAGCUCUGGUGCUACGGACAUUUAUGAAGCACCACAACACUCCCAUUGUCAAAGCCAACAACCAGCACCUCACCUAUACUCUCCUCAUCUCCCUCCUGCUCUGCUUCCUCUGCGCUUUGCUGUUCAUCGGCCAUCCUGCGAAGGUGACGUGUCUCUUCCGACAAACUGCUUUUGGCAUCAUCUUCUCUAUGGCUGUUUCUUGUGUGCUGGCAAAAACCAUCAUGGUAGUUCUCGCUUUCAUGGCCACCAGGCCAGGAUCCAGCAUGAGAAGGUGGGUGGGGAAAAGACUGGCCAACUCUAUUGUUAUUUCCUGCUCCCUUAUUCAAACAGGGAUUUGUGUUGUGUGGCUGGUGAUAUCUCCCCCAUACCCAGAUGUUGACAUGCAUUCAGUGGUUGAGAAAAUUGUACUGGAAUGUAAUGAGGGGUCUGUAAUUUUCUUUUACCUUGUCUUGGCAUAUAUGGGCUUCUUGGCCACUAUAAGUUUCACCGUGGCUUUUCUUGCCAGGAAACUACCUGACAGUUUCAAUGAAGCCAAAUUUAUCACAUUCAGCAUGUUAGUGUUUUGUAGUGUUUGGUUAUCAUUCAUUCCAACCUAUCUUAGCACCACUGGAAAAUACAUGGUAGCUGUGGAGAUCUUUUCUAUCUUAGCCUCCAGUGCUGGGCUGCUGGGUUGCAUCUUUUCCCCUAAAUGCUACAUUAUAAUGCUGAAGCCUCAGCUGAACAACCGGGAACAGCUAAUAAGAAGAAGGGAUCACUGA